AUGGCCACUCGCAAGAUGAACUUCAUUGAGAAGCAGGCUAACCUGUGGGGAGCCAUCUAUCGCCAUCAGGCUGCUCAAUUCCCCCGUCGUUUUGCUAUUCUCAAGGCCGUAGCCAGACACGAACUUGCUCCACCUAAAUCUGCCGACUGGCCAAUCAUCAAGGCUGAGUGGAAAAAAGUCACUCAAUAUAUUGCUGGCAAGCAAUACAACACUCUCUCUGUUAGAGAAGCUCUUGUUUACAGUGCUGUCGCUUUGGAGAUUGUUUUCUGGUUCUUCAUCGGUGAGAUGGUUGGUCGUCGUUACAUAUUCGGAUACUUGGUUCCAUCUGACUUUGUCUCCAAGGAUACAAAGAAGAAGGUUGCCGAACAAGUAGAAGAAGACAAGAAGGCUCUUUGA